UGUUGAUGAUAAUUCUGAACAAGAUAUAUACUGGAUGGAAAAAUUUGAGAUAACCGAAGAUGAUAUAGGAUUUGCUUUUAAUACACAAGCUCCUCGUCGGAGAAUGACGAAAGAGCAGCAUACUUAUGGAAUUUGGGCAGAUGAUGACGAUGAUGAAAAUACCUAUAAAGGAACUUCAAUAUCAGGAAGAAGAUUGUUUGCAGCCAAGAGUUAUUCAACCCCUAUAGGGUUCAUAAGUGGAGGAGUCACUCAACCUAAUACUCAACCUCCUACAGGAAAAGAUAGUGAAGAAGAAACUGUUGAAGAAAAUGUUGAUGCUAAUUAUAGUGAUGAUGAAAUGUAUGUACCACCAAAAAAAACCAUGUUUAAAGUCAAAAACUAUAAUUAUCAACAAGAGGACCAAAGUUCAUUGGGUGAUUGGGAGAAGCAUACAAAAGGAAUUGGACAAAAACUUCUCCUACAAAUGGGUUAUCAAGCUGGCAAAGGAUUGGGGAAACAUGGCCAGGGUAGAACUGAACCAGUGGAAGCUGUUAAACGUAAGGGCAAGGGUGCCAUUGGGGCAUAUGGACCAGAAGCUAACAAAGCCGACAAACCUAAGCAGGAUAAGGAUGGAGUUGGUGGCAGAAAUUUCAAAGGAGCCUCCAUAAAAGGUAGCGGUUGGAAGAAGGAACAAGAUAAACGUUCCACUAAAGACAGGUCGCUCAAACCCUCGUUCGAUUAUAAUAAAAUUGGCGCUGAUUCAAAAGAUUCCCUUCCAUUUUGGUCAGAUAAUUAUUCCCAGAAAAAUAUUGAUUCGACCAAAUCAAUCAAGGUUAUUGACAUGACAGGCAAAGAGACAAAGAUAUUGACAGGUUACGAAUCUAUAUCCAGGCGAUUGAAUAAACCGUCAGAACCUUCUUCUAAUGCAUCGACGUUGAAUUCCAGGGUCAAUUUUGACCUUCCAGAAUUGAGGCACAAUCUCGAUAUUCUGAUGAGGCAAAGCGAAAACGCGCUAAAUCUCAAUAAGAAACGUUUGGCUUACGAGGAUAACCAAAGACAAAAUUUGAUCGAAAAAAGGCACAAACUGGAGCAGACGAUCGUAAAUACGAAAGAUGAAACCAAACGACUCGUUAAACUUUUAACUUUUAUGGAUAGAUUCAUUAACCCAGACGAAAAUAUUUUCCGAAAUUUGGACGAAUGCAAAAUCCUAUUGGAUAUGUUUAAAAUCGAAUUCAAUAAUGAAUUCAAAUUGUACGAUCUGAAGAACAUUAUCACCGCCAUUGUUUUUCCUAUGCUUAAAAACGUAUUGGAGACUUGGGAACCCUUGGAACAACCUGAAUAUGCCAUAGACAUUUUGCUGGAAUGGAAGCGCAUAUUGCGGGAUAUGGAAAUCGAUUUGUCACUCAAUACAAAUAUUUUUAGCCAGAGCGACGAAUCCCCCGACGAAAUAACUUUUCAAAAGAUGCUUUGGUACAUAUGGAUGCCAAAAAUUAGGAAGGAUAUACAACAAAAAUGGGAUCCUAGAAAUAGCGAUAAACUCAUAAAUUUAAUCGAGUGUUGGAGUGACAUCCUACCUCCCUGGCUCAAGCACAACUUGUUGGACCAAUUAAUAAUUCCCAAGCUUCAUAGCGAAUUACAAGAAUGGGAUCCGUUGACGGAUGUAGUGCCCAUUCAUUCUUGGAUUCAUCCUUGGUUACCAUAUAUAGGUUCAGAUGCAGAUCCUCAAGAUUGGCUUCAUUCUCAAUUAACUCCAACCAUCAGAUCUAAGCUGGCCUCAGCCUUGAGUCGCUGGCAUCCUAGCGACAGAUCAGCUAAGGCGUUACUCACUCCCUGGAAAGACGUUUUUACUUACAGGGACUUCGAGGCAUUGCUAAUCAAGCAUGUUCUCACUAAACUAAACGAUUUGGCUCAUGCUCAAUCCACUCAGAAUAUUCACUCCAGUCUAUCUUCCGCGAAUCUUGCCAUAUCGUUGAAUGCGGGCAAUGCCAUCGACAAAUGGGUGAGCAAUGAAUGGUUGUGGAUUUUAGAUUGGGAACCAACUCUGCCUCACCCCCAUAUGGCUAUCUUGUUGCAAAAUACAUUAUUUCCUGCCAUGAGAAAAGAAUUGGAAACAGGGUUGAGGAAUAAAACAGUUCCAUUGUCCACGGUGUCAGAUUGGUACAUGAAAUGGAAGAGUAUUUUUCCUCAAUCCUUGCUGGACAGGCCCGAUAUCAAGAGUGAGUUUGAAUCACUCCUUAUGAUCAUAAACAACCAUCUCACUUCGUUGGAAAAUGCCAACGCGAAUUCCGCAUACAAUGUUCCCAAACCUUAUUAUCAUCACGAGGCGCCGUAUUCUGCUCCUUACCAAUUUAUUUCCAGGGCUUCGGAAUCAUCCAUUCCUAUGAUGCCUCCUCCUCCGCCUCCCUUAAAUCUCGUUCCUCAGAGCGAGCACGCGUUUUCCUUCAGGGAACUCGUACAAGCAAAACUGGAACGUUGCGGGAUAAUUUUCGGGCCCGCCAACUUGAGCACAAUGAAUAUGUACCACCUGAACCUGCCAGCCAAUAAACAGAUCUACAAAGUUGAAGGCAAUCGCAAAGCCUGCACCGCUUACAUAGAUAGGGACGUUUUAUUUGUUUCCGAUAAGAGCAGUGGUUUUGAUUGGAUGCCGAUUUCAGUUAACGAUUUGAUCAACUUGGUCAAUAUAUUAUAACUUUUUUAAUGUGCUCGAUAGUGUUUGAGCAAAAUAGUUGUAUUUAGAUUCAUAGUUUGGAGAGAUUAUAUUUAUUAAUUGAUAAAUAUGUGUAAAUUUUUGUAAUUAAGAUGCUAUUUAAUUA